AUGAGACAACGAAGGCAAGACAACAUUGGAAUUUCAAAUCUAAAAUCAGAUGAGCUGGUUCAUAAUAGCUUUGUGGAAAUGAUGUUCUUUAUCUGUUUGGCAAUUUUUGGAUUGAAGAUGCACUUUCAUGGUGGCAUUUCUUCUUUGGACCAUGUUGAAGAAGAAUUAAUGGUGCAUAACGUUUCACAGCAUGUGUCACAGCAACAAAGAAAGAAACCACAUAGACAACGUUACAUUCCCUGUGAGGUACCAUUUAUUGAUUCAGUUAAUUAUCUACGUGAGCCAAUGGAUAAUAAUAAAUUUGCUCAUUUCUACUUGGGGUAUGCUGAAAGAGAGGAGAGGAUAUCCCAGAAUGAUACUUUUGAGGCUCAUUUUGGAGGACAUCAGACUCUAGAAGAAAGAGAUAAAUCCUACCAUGCAAGAAGUCAAACAAUUCAUUGUGGUUUUGUGAGUGGACCUGAUGGAUUUCCAGGAACUGGGUUUGAAUUGGAUGAGAAGGACAAAAAAUAUAUGAGUACAUGCAGUGUUGCUGUAUCCUCGUGCAUUUUUGGAAGCUCUGAUUUUCUGAGAAGACCAACCAGCAAAGUGAUAAGUGAAUACUCAAAGAAAAAUGUUUGUUUCGUUAUGUUUGUGGACGAGCAAACUUUGGUUAAACUCUCAGCUGAAGGGAAUGUUCCAGAUGACAAAGGGAAUAUUGGAUUAUGGAAAAUAGUUUUAGUGAGGAACUUACCAUAUGAGGAUAUGCGGAAAACUGGAAAGGUGCCAAAAUUUUUAUCACAUCGCCUCUUUCCUUCAUCUAGGUAUUCUAUUUGGCUUGAUAGCAAAUUACGACUUAAUGCUGACCCUAUGCUGAUCAUUGAAUACUUCCUCUGGAGGACGGUUUCAGAAUAUGCUAUUUCAAAUCAUUAUAGUCGCCACUGUGUUUGGGAGGAGGUACUCCAAAAUAAGCGACUGAACAAGUACAACCAUACAGCUAUUGAUGAACAGUUCAGUUUUUAUCAGUCUGACGGUCUUAUCAAGUUUGACCCUUCAGACCCAAAAAUUCUUCUUCCAAGCUUUGUACCAGAAGGGUCAUUUAUUAUCAGGGCCCAUACUCCAAUGUCAAAUUUAUUUUCAUGCCUCUGGUUCAAUGAAGUUGAUCGUUUUACAUCACGUGAUCAGCUGAGCUUUGCAUAUACAUACUUGAAGCUGAAGAGACUUAAUCCAGAUAAACAAUUCUAUUUACAUAUGUUCAAGGACUGCGAGCGAAGAGCAGUAACAAAACUAUUCCAUCAUAGAAUGGACAAUUAG